GCAAGCCCUCAUCUCCGACUUGUUGCAACGCAUUCUCAGCAUCUCCAUCUCUUUCUCCUCUUUCGCCCUCUCCCCCUUCUCCCCCCUCUCCGGAUCCCAAUAAUGUCAUCCCUCGCGACGGCGCGCCUCACAGAGGAGCGCAAACAGUGGCGCAAGGACCACCCAUUCGGUUUCUAUGCGCGCCCACAGAAAAAGGAGGACGGUACCCUCAACAUGAUGGUCUGGGACGUCGGAAUCCCCGGCAAAGAAGGCACGGACUGGGCGGGCGGCCUGUAUGUCGUAACCAUGACUUUCCCCGAUGACUACCCUACAAAGCCUCCAAAGUGUGCGUCUUGCAGAAGGCUGCGAGGAGGCGUGCCGCUGACGACAGGCAAGUUCACCCCUCCCUUGUUCCACCCCAACGUCUAUCCCAGCGGGACGAUUUGUCUGUCGAUUUUGGACGAGGAGAAGUCGUGGAAGCCCGCCAUCAGCAUCAAGCAGAUCGUCCUCGGAAUUCAAGACUUGCUUGAACACGCCAACAUUGGCGACCCGGCCCAGAUUGACGCGUACACGAUGUACAAGAACAAUCGCGAGCAGUACGACAAGAAAAUCCGCCUGCAGGCUAUCGAGCGCCGCCCGAAGUAGCCCAUGCCCCCCAUUGUAUAGCCUGCGUCAGUGUACCUAAUGUCAUAUGAUACAUCAACACGGCGUUUGUUACUUCCUAGAGCUCCUCACUUGCGCACCGAGAAGUAGUCGCGCUGGAAAUGGACGAGGCUGUCACUCCCCCCU